CCUCGGCACCGCGGCCAUGGCCAAGGAGCGGCGCAGGGCGGUGCAGGAGCUGCUGCGGUGGCCGGGGAAUUCACGCUGCGCCGACUGCGGAGCCCCAGACCCCGACUGGGCAUCCUACACCCUGGGGGUAUUCAUCUGCCUGAGCUGCUCUGGAAUCCACCGGAGUAUCCCUCAGGUCAGCAAGGUGAAGUCGGUCCGCCUGGACGCCUGGGAUGAGGCCCAAGUGGAGUUCAUGGCCUCCCAUGGGAAUGAAGCUGCCAGGGCCACAUUUGAGUCCAAAGUGCCGUCUUUCUACUACCGGCCCACGUCUUCCGACUGCCAGCUCCUGCGAGAGCAGUGGGUCCGCGCCAAGUACGAGCGGCAGGAGUUCAUCCUUCCUGAGAAGCAGGAGCCGUACUCUGCAGGGUACCGGGAGGGCCUUCUCUGGAAGCGAGGCCGAGACAACGGGCAGUUUUUAAGCCGGAAGUUUGUGCUGACGGAGCGAGAAGGGGCCCUGAAGUAUUUCAACAAAAAUGACGCCAAGGAGCCCAAGGCCAUCAUGAAGAUCGAGCACCUGAAUGCAACUUUCCAGCCAGCUAAGAUUGGCCACCCCCACGGCCUGCAGGUCACCUACCUGAAGGACAAUAGCACCCGCAACAUCUUUGUCUACCACGAGGACGGGAAGGAGAUGGUGGACUGGUUCAACGCGCUGCGAGCUGCCCGCUUCCACUACCUGCAGGUGGCCUUUCCGGGGGCCAGCGACGUGGACCUGGUGCCAAAGCUCUCCCGAAACUACCUAAAGGAAGGCUACAUGGAGAAGACAGGGCCCAAGCAAACAGAAGGCUUCCGGAAGCGCUGGUUCACCAUGGAUGACAGGAGGCUCAUGUACUUCAAAGACCCCCUGGAUGCCUUCGCCCGAGGGGAGGUCUUCAUUGGCAGCAAGGAGAGCGGCUACACAGUGCUGGAGGGGCUCCCGCCAUCCACCCAGGGCUACCACUGGCCGCACGGCAUCACCAUUGUCACACCUGACCGCAAGUUCCUGUUCACCUGCGAGACGGAGGCUGACCGGAAGGAGUGGGUGGAGGCCUUCCAAAAGGUGGUGGACAGGCCCAUGCUGCCCCAGGAGUACGCAGUGGAAGCCCACUUCAAGCAUAAGCCCUAGCAAGAGCCAUCCAAGGCCUGAGGACCCUGGACUCACAUGACUGGCUGGCAAGGAGGUAGCCAGCUGCCCCAGCCAGCCCUGCUCCUUGGAGCAGCAGAGCAUGGCCAGGUAGGGCUUGAGCUUCGGCCGUUAGGACAUGAGUCUUCGGAACCUCAUCGCAGGCAACCCUGGCCCCGUCAACGUUGCUGCUGACCACGCCUGGCCAACCUACAACCCUCCCUGCCCACCCCCUAGCCAGGGCGGCCCCACUAACUCUGUGCUCCCAGCCCAGCCAGAGGUUAUGCCACGCCUUGGAAUGGGACCUCAGCUGGGCUGCUGGAACUAGGGUCUGCCGCAUGCCUCCCUUCCCCUCCCCACCUCAACGAGUAUUUAUUGAGCGCCUGCUGUGUUGGUCACAGGUCCACCAGGGAAUGUGUAUGCACAGGUCCUGGCCCUGCCGGCUGCAGUCCCAGCACUCCUGGGCACCUGACCUGGGGCAGGAGGGCCAGGGGCUCAACCAGGGCUGUGCCAGGGCGCCCAGCUCGGUGCUUGGCCUGGCCAGUGACCCAUGCCCACCAGCCCUGGCCUUGCGGGCGUUGAGCCCUUUAGGAUGACGGGCCCCCCAGGGGCGGGGCGACCCUGCAGCCUGGCUCCCCCAGCUGGGCCUUGCUUGCUGCUGGCAGGCCAGUAGUUAAAGCCACCCUGUAUUUAUUUCUCACCUGGUCUCCUUCCGUGCUGCAUCCUGGUCACCCAGGACAGCCAGGGUGGAGCGUGCAGCGGGGACUCACCUGCCCCAGGGGAGCUGGGGGAAUUCUCCUGCGCUGGUGUUCUGUGCCCGCGUCACGUCCUGGAAUAAAGUGUGGCUCUGGCAUGGUCCCUUCUGUGUGUAGGUGGGGAGAAGGGCCAAGCUGGCAGCUUCCACCUGGGUAGAGUGGGAUAGACUGCCAUGGCAGACCCGUUUCCUGGGCAUGAGCUGGGGGGCCCUGCCCAUGAUACAGGAGGAGCUACAACCCUGAGGAAGGUGCAGCCCCCAGGGUGUGCCUACCCUAGCCACCCUGGUGCCCACACUGGCCCUAUUUCUAGAACCAUGGCAGGGGCCCUGGGGUGCUCCUUUCCAGGCAGGCCCUCCAAGCCCUCCAGCUCUGGAGUCUCAGGCAAGGUCUGCAGCCUGGAUCAGGAGCCCAGAAGCGGGGUGAGACUCGGGGUGGGGGGGCACACAGGUGCCCCUGCAGACAGCUUGGGCUCCUCAGCCCUUGUGUCCUCCUACUUCUCAGUGAGGAAACAGGCCCUGGGGAAGCAGAGGUCACCUAAUCCCACCUGGGGUCCCCAAGGUGGCUGCCCUGGUGACAUCGGCAGGAACAACCCCCACCCCACCCCUGGGAGUGGCUGGGGCUCACCUGGGGCAGUGCUUACUAGGUUGACUGGCUGCAGCUUCUACAGACACCAGCCAGGUUCUCAGAUGCAGAGUCCUAGGUCAGAAAGCAGACCUGAGCCCUGAGCCCACACCACCACAAGGCCAACCCAGACACCCCCACUGUGGAUACGCGGUGUGCAGGGAGGGCGUCUGCAUGUGUGUUCAUGUGCACACACAUGGCCAUGACAACAUUUUUAAAAGAAGCCACAGACCAAGCCUGUAAUGGGUGGGGAUGAACUUUUCAGACGAGGCCGGAAACCAUAGCCCCUCGAAGGGUGUCACCAGGUGCUGGGCACACACCCUCAGGACGGUGACACAACACUGCAGUCUGGACCAGGGCCUAAGGACGAUGCCAUCUCCCUGCCACAUGGUCACGAGCACACCAAUGCCACAAUAAACUUGGCACUUUA